AUGGGCUCCAGACUAGAAAAGAACUCUGCCUCGGUGCGCAAGCGCAUUGAGAGCCACACCUUUAGCGACGAGCAUGGCGAAGAAUAUGAAGCCUCCAAGUUCGGCGGAUUUGCCGACUAUAUGCGGCGGAAGAAGAUCAAACUGCAGAAUCUCGAUGCUGAAAUACGAUCGCACUCCGGCGACAAACCUCCCAUUUUCCGCGGCGUGGUAGUCCACGUCAAUGGCUACACUCAGCCCUCACUGAGCGACCUGCACAACCUGGUUGUCAGCUAUGGAGGUGGCUUCCUACAGUACCUUGACGGCAAGACUGCUGUGACGCACGUUGUCGCAAGCAACUUGACUCCGAAGAAAGCGGUCGAAUUUGCUCGAUAUCGCAUUGUCAAGCCGGGCUGGGUCGUUGAUAGUGUCAAGGCUGGCAGGCUCUUACCAUGGGACGCUUACAGACUUGUGGAUGAGGGUGUGACACAGAAAGUGCUGGGCUUUGAGAAUGGCCAGAUGAUCAGCCAGACGAAUAAUAAUCAGAAAGACACGUAUCGCGACCAGAGCGAAACGAGCUGGUAUGCUUCGCAAUUACGCCGGGUGAGAGAUAUCGUGACCGAGACUGCUCAAUCCUCAAACCCACAAAGCCUACCUGAAGAGCCAGAUGGUUUGCCCCCUGAUCGGAGCGAAGCCGGUUUGCCUCGAGGUAGCAGCGCAACCGUGCCAGCAGUACCCGAAGCGCGCCUGGAAGCUAUAGCGGGUCUAGUAGACGACCACUCUGCCUCUAAUGCCCGAGACCACGCCGAUUCUCCUCUUCCCUCUCCGCCAACGUUCCCUUCACAUCCUCUGGCAGUUUUCGACUCGAAUGCUGCGCACAAGUCUGAAAACCGCCAAUUGACGGCCGAAGAGCACAAUGCCGUCCUACUUCAGAACCCGCACAUGGCCAAGUCCAGUACUGCUAACCCUGACUUCAUCAACCAAUACUAUCGGGAGUCGAGACUUCACCAUCUAUCUACUUGGAAAGCUGAGCUCAAAGCUCAAAUGCAGGCACGAGCUCAAGAAAAGUAUUCGUCGCGCAAAUCCAAGCAGAGUAGAACCCCUGGCGCAAGAAGGUAUGUCAUGCAUAUAGACUUUGACAGCUUUUUUGCUGCAGUCUCACUCCGCAAGCAUCCUCAUCUAUCGGACAAACCAGUUGUGAUCGCUCAUGGAAGCGGGCCGGGAUCGGAAAUUGCCAGUUGCAACUAUCCGGCCAGAAAAUUUGGCAUCAAGAAUGGAAUGUGGAUGAAGACGGCGCUUGAAAUGUGUCCAACGGUGAAGGUCUUGCCGUACGACUACAAGGCAUACGAGGAAGCUAGUCGCCAUUUCUACGACUCAAUCUUGGCCGUCGACGGCAUUGUGCAGAGUAUCAGCAUUGAUGAAGCUUUGAUUGAUGUCAGCGAACAGUGCAUCAAGGCUGGUGGGUCUGACGGCAGAGGCGUGUCAGAAGGCUCCAUUUACCGUGAGCAGGAAGCUGCACAACGUCUUGGUGACGAGUUGAGAGCCUCGGUGAAAGAGAAAACUGGAUGUGACGUUUCAGUUGGGAUUGGAGGAAACAUUCUCCUGGCGAAGGUGGCAUUGCGGAAGGCUAAGCCGGCCGGACAGCAUUUGAUCAAACCAGAGGACGUCCUCGACUUCAUCGGCGAACUAGUCGUCACCGACCUCCCAGGUGUUGCUUGGAGUAUAGGUAAUAAGUUGGAAGAUAUAGGCAUUAAGUUCGUCAAGGAUAUCCGUUUGUGUACCAAAGAACGCUUGAUCAACGCCUUGGGUCCAAAGACUGGCGAGAAGCUGUGGGAUUAUUCUCGCGGAAUCGACAAGCAAGAGGUUGGUGAACAGGUGGUUCGGAAAUCAGUUUCGGCAGAGAUCAAUUGGGGCAUCAGGUUCAUCAACCAGCAGCAAGCGGAAGAUUUUGUGCAGAGUCUUUCCGACGAGCUGUCAAGGCGCUUACUUGAGCAGCUUGUGAAGGGAAAGCAACUGACCAUGAAGAUAAUGCGAAAAGCUGCCGAUGCAGGUCUCGAUCCGCCCAAAAACCUCGGCCAUGGCAAGUGUGACACCUUUAACAAGAGCAUAAUGCUCGGUGUUGCCACGAACGACGCAUCGGUGCUCGGGAGAGAAGCCGUUUCCAUUCUACGAAGCUACAAUUUCCCUCCCGGAGAGCUUCGAGGACUCGGAGUCCAAAUGCAGAAACUAGAGCCCUUGAAACCUGCGGUAUCAGGCAGUGCUGGCCUCCCUGAUAGCAGUCAGCGUCGUCUACAGUUCAAAAAGCCUCCGACCCCAUCUCGACCUGCAGAAGAACCUAGCCUCCAUGCAGCCUUUCCGCCAGUCGUUCAUUCACCCAACGCCAAGCACGUUGAGGAUCCUAUUGAAGAGAUACCUACCCCGGAGAAAGGAAAAUUGCAGGAUAACGUUUACAGUGCCUUGGAUGACCACACCAAUGAUGCAGCCCAGCAGAGGCCUCUCAAUGUGAGCGGGACUCAGUUCAUCAUGCCUUCUCAGAUCGAUCCAACAGUACUAGCCGAGCUUCCCUCCGAAAUAAGAACCAAGCUUGCUCCAAAACAAAAGAGCAUUAUGGACAGCAUAACACGAUCCUCUCGAUCACAGACACCUCCAGUGGAUGGACAUUCCAGAUCGACCUCGCCCUAUCCUAAUGACCACGAAUCAACGUUACCGCGGCCGAGUCAGAUUGACCCUGAGGCCUUAGCUGCGCUUCCACAAGAUCUCAGAGACGAGAUACUGGCCCAGUACAAAGCGCAAGAGAAUGGCGUAUCACUAUCACGGGCUGUGGCAACAUCCCCUCGAAAACCUAAGGCUCUUCCAUCCUCGAAGAAGACAUCUGUUACCCCCACGAAACGGCAGAAAACCUCUACUUUGUCUGGGAAAGCCAGGCUUAAGAGAGUCGGUGAUGCCUCCUUAUCCACCCUCGCUCAGUCUAGCUUUGUCUCCAUUCCGAAAGCAACAGAGUCUUAUUCAACUGCGAAUCAAGAUCCCGUGGAGAUCUCAGAAUCCUUUCUGAAUGAAUUACCAGAAGACAUUCGCCUCGAAAUUCUGGAAGAGCAGAAAAGAAGCAGGAUGAAGGCGAAGUCUGGCCUCAACUUCGAGAGCGCCAGGAAGAAGACGAAGGUGACAACUACCGUGGAGUCUGGCGUUGCGGGUCAGCAAAGGUUGCAGCUAGCCAAGCAAGCAGAGAAGCCGACUUUUACUUCUCAGAAGCUGAGUUCUCUCCCAGAGUUGCGUGAUGCAAUAUCUGCAUGGGUCAGAGAGUUUUCUUCGGCUGGAGAAAGCCCAGAUCAAGACGAUGUCAAUGCUCUGGCAGAUUACCUCGCCAAAGUGGUCACCAUCGAGCGAGACAUGGCUAAAGCCGUCGCUGUCGUCAAUUGGCUCGGCCUAAUUCUUGAAUACGAAAACUUCACAGGCGAGGACGUUCACGGUGCUUGGAAAGGGGCUCUCGAGAUUCUGAAGCAACAGGUUCAGGUAGCGGUCAAGGAAAGAGGUCUAGCAGCAGUUGUGUUUGAAUGUUGA